AAGACGGAGCAAUACGACCAAUCACGGAGACCGCGACCGCUCCUACGGACCACGCGGAGUUCUCCAGGCCUCGUGGCGGCUCUCCCGGACACCGUACUCUUCCGCUCCCAGAGGUCCCCGGCGGCGGAAGUUGUCACUUCCAGAGAGACGCUGCCCACGCCGUGCACCCGGCAGUAAGCUCGCCAUGGCGAUGGGAGGAGGUGGUGGCGUCCCGGAGCAGGAGGACUCCGUGUUGUUCCGGCGCGGCACAGGCCAGCAUGCUCUAAAGAAUGGUGAUAUUUCUGAAGCUUCAGAUAAACCAAAAGGCACACCUAAAAGAAAACCUGCUAAGAAGAAUAAAAGCCAAAAAAAGAAUGCAACAACACCCCUGAAGCAGUGGAAAGUUGGUGACAAAUGUUCUGCCAUUUGGUCAGAAGAUGGCUGCGUUUACCCAGCUACCAUUGCUUCAAUUGAUUUUAAGAGAGAAACCUGUGUUGUGAUUUAUACCGGAUAUGGAAAUAGGGAGGAGCAAAAUAUGUCUGAUCUACUUUCCCCAGCCUCUGAAGUAGCUAAUAAUGUAGAACAGAAUGCUCAGGAGAAUGAAAACGAGAGUCAAAUUUCAACAGAUGAAAGUGAGAACUCCUCCUCCAGGUCUCCUGGAAAUAAACCCAAUAACAUCAAGUCAAAAGCUGCUCCAUGGAACUCUUUUCUCCCUCCACCGCCCCCCAUGCCAGGAUCGGGACUGGGACCAGGAAAGCCUGGUCUAAAAUUCAGUGGCCCACCACCACCUCCACCACCACCACACUUCUUAUCAUGCUGGCUGCCUCCAUUUCCUUCUGGACCACCAAUAAUUCCCCCACCACCUCCCAUAUGUCCAGAUUCUUUUGAUGAUGCUGAUGCUUUGGGAAGUAUGUUAAUCUCUUGGUACAUGAGUGGCUAUCAUACUGGUUACUAUAUGGGUUUCAAACAAAACCAAAAAGAAGGAAGGUGCUCACAUUUCAAUUAAGGAGUAAUCCAGACAGUGUUCUCUUAAUAGGUGCAGCUGUCUCCCGAGGAGAAUGGUAUUUUGAUGCGCCAUGGUCAACAUGAACAAAAUGUCGUUUUUUCUUCAUGAACAGUUGGUUGGGUGGCAUAAUCGCCUGCAUUUCCCCUUGUUGCACAUGACUCAUGCUUAAAUAACCAGCCAUGUGUUUCAGGGGAAUAAUCAGUUUGAAUAACUCAGCAGUGGAAAUGUGAGUAAUUAAAAGAAACUCAGUUACAUGUAGUAAAGAAAAGUCAAUCUGUGAAAAUUUCAACUCAGCCCAUUUGUAUAUUAUAUCUUUCUUAGUAUAAAGUAUGUUAAGGUUUUUAUUAAUGCCUUUAAAAAUAAAUGAUAAAUUUUUUUAACCUUGA